AUAUACCGAUCCAAAACCCCAAACGCGAAGAACUCAAAACCCUAACAAUGGCGAGUCGCACUCUCCUUCGCAUACUCCUCUCCUCCACCAACCAAACCCUAAUUCACCGUUCCUCCACAACCUCUUCUUACCUCCUACGAUUCCGCCCUGUUGCCGCCAUCGCCGCCGCUGAUUUCCGCCAGUCUCCCGUUGCAGCCACCGAUGUCCGUACGUUCUCAUCUCGUCCGACCACAUCUUCUCUAAACGAUUCGAGCCCUAACUGGUCCAAUCGUCCACCAAAGGAGACGAUUCUUCUUGACGGUUGUGAUUUUGAGCACUGGCUUGUUGUUGUUGAUAAACCUGAAGGCGAGCCUACGCGAGAUGAGAUUAUUGAAUCGUAUAUUAAUACUCUAGCGAAAGUUGUUGGCAGCUAUGAUGAAGCAAGGAUGAAAAUCUACUCAGUUUCGACAAGAUGCUAUUAUGCAUUUGGAGCUCUUGUGUCUGAAGAACUUUCUUAUAAGCUGAAGGAAUUACCAGGAGUUCGUUGGGUGCUCCCGGAUUCUUACUUGGAUGUUAAGAACAAGGAUUAUGGAGGUGAACCGUUCAUCGAUGGGAAGGCUGUUCCGUAUGAUCCAAGGUACCAUGAGGAAUGGAUCAAAAACAAUGAGCGUGCCAACCAGAGAAACAAAAGAAAUACGCCACGCAACAAUGAAAGGCCAAGGAAUUUUGAACGAAGACGAGAGAACAUGCAAAACAACCGUGGCCCACCGAACAUGGACGGUCCUCCACCUAACAUGAGGCCACAAGGUCCACCUUCACCACCCUACAACAGAGGGCCACCACAAAGUCCACCACCACCCUACAAUGCAGGGCCACAAAGUCCUCCACCACCCUACAACGCAGGGCCACCAAACACGAGACCUCAAAACCCACCUAACUACCAGCAUCAGGGGCAGUAUGGGCCAAACAGUGGAUGGAUGCCUAAUAAUGCUGCUCCUAACUACCAGCAGCAGGGGCAGUAUGGGCCAAACAACCCUGACUACCAGCAACAGGGGCAGUACCAAUCUGGACCUGGGCCCAACAGUUAUCUGCCAAAUCAAAACCCAUACCAGCCUCCUCAGGAUGUACCUGGAAGAGACAUGCCCCCUGCAGCUAACUACAAAUGAUCAUUUAUGUUAAAUGACCACUUUGUUUCAAUUAAAGAAAUUGUUCAUUCACUCAUUUGGUUUCUUUUAUGUUUUGUUGGCAAAACUGUGAAUGGUAUUUGCAGUGUCAUCUGAGAAUCUAGUAUCGGCAAAUAAUAUUGUAUAGUUCUAGCAUUAUUUGUUCUAUGAACGUGUUAAUCGUUAUGCAGACGGUUCUAUAAAUUUAAUACAA